AUGUCAAUGUUUCCCGUCAAGCCCGAAACGGUGCCAAGGAAAUCUGGGCAACAGCUUAGGAACAAAUCACGACACAACGGACCAGUUCGCGCGGCGGUUCAUGCAUCACCACCGACGGUGCCAGCCUCCUUGUCACCUACCGUUACCAUGACGAAACACUCCAAGUAUCUUCUUAAUCACUACUUGCAUCGGACUGGCAAAAUGGCAUCUGCCCAUAUCGGCGAUUAUGCACCCUUCACCGACUCGCUGCUUCCCAUUGCUCACGCAUCCGAUAUGCUUCUGGAGUCCAUUCUCACCUUUAGUUCGUUUCAUCUUACCGCGACUGGCUCUCAAUUCUCACCCGUCCUCACCAUGGAGCAUCAGGCCCUUGCCCUCCGGAAGCUAAAAUAUGGUCUCACUCGGUAUGACUGUGGGGACAAGGACGUCGGAAUACAACUCUUUUUGUCCAUGCUUAUGCUUUGCUGCGUAGAGCUCGCAAACAAUAUCCAAGAUGAAAGUUCCUUCCGUCAUCUGGCUGCACUCCGUCACCUGGCACCUGGCAUCCUCAGUCGAGGGAAGACAAUCCCGGAAGCCUACAAGCCUGCAAUGGUAUUUGGCAGAGAGCUGUAUGCCUAUUUUCUGGCAGUUUCCUGCAUAUGUGCGCCAGAGGACGUGAGAAACUCGACUGCUAUUCAGGACUCGGCUACCAUCUUUUCACACAUUGCAGAACAUGGUCACACCGGUGCCAUGUUGGGAUGUUCCGAUGAGCUUUUUUGUUUGGUCCCCGAAGUAGUUGCCAUCUUGGAAGAGGCUCGAAAGCUGACUCUCCUUGGCAGCAGAAUUUCUGGGCUUGACUUGACUGCUGCGGGGUUAUCCUCUGACGCGGCGAUGCUGAUGCCGAGAAUUGGGUUGCUCCUCACACCAGUGUCACUGUGGGAGCCGUGUGAAUCGAAUGAUGGCAGUUUCGAAACCAGCGGCCGAGUCUUGAGGUUGGCAGUGAAGAUCCUUUUGACAGAGGCCCUGUACUGGUGCACCGCCGUGCAAGCAGAGUUUGACGCCGACAAAGAGUGCAGUACGGAGUCGUUGCGGUUUGAGUGCGCCCCAAACUUGGAGCUACACACCACCCCAUUGGUAGCAGAGGCCGUAACACUUCUCAAAAAGCUGCCUGCUCGGUCACGGAUAGCCACAACAAUGUGCUGGUCGAUGGCGGUUUUGGGCUCCUAUGCCACCGUUGAGUCGCACAGGACGGCCUUGCGGCAGUAUCUUCUAAUCAUGGAAUCGACCUUUGGUUUCAGGAACAUGACCCGCACACGAUUGCUUUUGGAAUACAUCUGGUCAAGAAUAUCGACGUUUCAAACAGCUCGCCCGAUGGAUAUCUCCCAGGCUAUGGCGGCAAUCGGAGGGCGAUUUCUACUCGGUUAA